AUGUCUGAAUGGAGACUAGCUAGAAAAUCAUACAAGUUCGAUCAUCCGAAAAUAUCGAACAAAGAAGCUGAAGAGACAUUUAGAGAAAACCUCAUAGAAUAUGAAAAAGAAGAAAAUCCAACGACGAUUCUGAAUUUUUGGUCAGGAGGACUUCCUCGUUUGCAAAAAAUCUCGAAGCAUUGUGGAGGAUGCUGGCUCACCAAUGACAAACACGUUGAGUACACCGCCGAUGCGAUCAUUUUCGAUCAUACAAGAUACAGAAAAAACCUGGAGGUGGAAACUGGAGUUAUGCCGGAUUUCGUCAAUAGAAACACGGAUUCACAAUACUGGGUUUUCUGGCCGAGAGAAUCAGCUUCCAAGGGAAUCGAAAAAGGAACAAAUCAUAAGCUUGUCAAAGAAAUUCACGAUUGGGACGGCGCUUUCAAUCUCACAGCUUCUUGCAGACUGGAUAGCGAUGCAAUCCGCCCCUACGGAAAUAUGAAUCUUCUUCUAAAGAAUUAUGUCGGAAAGUCUCAAGAAGAAAUUAUCCAAAGUAUCAUGGCAAAGAAACAAUACAACAACGGAAAACACACAGCGUGGAUGGUCUCUAACUGUGAUAAAACUAAUGGAGCAGUGGCUCGCUGGGAACUUGGACAGCAACUCAUUAGAUCAGGACUUAAACUUGACGGCUUUGGCAGUUGCUUUGACAAUAACAUCAACGGAAACCCAUGGCAAGUGAAAGAUCUUGAGACAGAAGGAGCCAUCGGAAAAUAUAAAUUCUAUCUAGCGUUUGAAAACUCACUUCACUGCAAUGGCUACAUAUCCGAGAAAUUUUGGCGAAAUUCACUUUUAACGGGAGCGGUUCCAGUUGUCUAUGGACCAUACAGAGCUGAUUUAGAGGCAGUGGCGCCGAAAAAUUCAUACAUUUUCGUUGAAGACUUCAGCAGUCCUAAAGAACUAGUCGAUUAUCUUGACUAUCUGGAUCAAAAUGACACUGCUUAUGCCGAGUACCAUCACUGGCGAAGCGAAACAGAAAUGGAAAGAAAUGGGAGCAUGAUGACCCACGAUGACGAAAUGAUCUGCCAGCUUUGCCAGAAAAUAAACGAGCGUAAAUCUCUUGGCUAUCCAAAAAGGAUGAUCAGAAGUGUCGCCAGUUGGUGGUGGUACAAUGUUCACGAUGAAAAGUGCACUGAAGGAUUUGACCUGCCGAAAUGGAUCACUUCUUACCCGCCACAGACGAUGGAAGAUACCUACGAUGAAAUGAAGGGAAAUCUGCUCGAAAAAUCGGGUCCAAGAUGA